ACUUGUCCGCCCUCCCUGAUCUCUGUUUUGCGAUCGUCAGCUCUCAAAUCUUGGAGAGCUGUAUGUGAUUAGCUUCGAUCUCUGAUUCUGAUUCUCCUUUCGAACUCUCUUCUUCUCCCUCAAGUCGCCCAGAGUCAUUGGCUGGCUAUACACAAAGAUGACAACAAUCGAAACCGGUCCAAAAACUCAAAAACCAUCUCCUUCUACUCUCAAGCAGCCUUCAUCAUCAUCGUUUAAAAGGUGGGGAAGGAGACACCCUUUUGUUAGAUACGGACUUCCCAUGAUCUCUCUCACUGUUUUUGGAGCCCUUGGACUAAGCCAACUCCUUCAAGGCAGUAAGGAUAUCGCAAAAGUGAAAGACGACCAGGAAUGGGAGAUUAUUGAGACGAGAAAGGCUCUUUCUAGAACAGGACCUGUUGAUGCUUAUAAACCCAAAAACACUUCCAUCGAAGACGAGCUCAAGGCUAUGCAUGAGAAGGUGGACAUAAAUUCCUACGAGUACAAGAAAAUUCCAAAGCUAAACGAAG